AUGGCUUUACAUGAAGCUUUAAUAGCUUUACAAACGGGAUGUAGUGGUUUAUUAACAUUAAAACAAGAUGAUCCUCAUUUUAAAAAACGUCUUCCAACAAUUUCCUAUGUUCAUCAAGGUGAAUUAGAAAUACUCGAUAGACUUACACAAAUUGGUCAACAUUAUCGUACACUCGAUGAAUAUAUUCAAAAUAUUUUUAAAGAUAAAACAAGUGGUUUGUAUAUAUUAAGUUUUGCUUUUGAACUUCGUUCAAUACUUCAAUCAUAUCUUAAUUGUUUAAGUCAACUUGAACAUGAAUGUCUUAUUGAUACAUCAUUAACACUUUCACAUCUUUUAACAUCAUUAACUGAUUAUAAUCUUUUAUUUCCUUCACUUGUUUCAUUAAUAAAUACACUUCAAUCAAAUGGUUAUCGUGGUUGUCAAAUUCUUGAUAUUAUUCGUCGUUGUACAUUAGAUGGUAAUACAAUGCUUUCAUCAACAAUGAAAAAAUUAUUAUGUGCAUGUCAUAGAAUAUUAAUUAAACAAAUAACAUCAAUAUUAACUCGUGGACAAGUUUAUGAUGAAUAUGGAGAAUUUUUCAUUGGAUUAAAUAAUAAUAUUAAUAUUGAAGCAAUGGGUAUGACAACACCGAGUGUUUCACGUAUGACAUCAACAGUAGCAAGUCGAUCACAUUCACCCGAUAGAGAUAAACAAUUUAAUUUACAGGUAAAUUUGAAUGAUUUUUUUUAA